UCGGCAGCAAUGGCGGCGACUGAAAACAAUGUGGAACUUAAGCGAAAAGCCGACGACGACCCGGAGGGAGAAAAAAAUAAUGGAGAAGACGACGACGAGUGGGUCGGACCCAUGCCGAACGAAGCCACCACGGCGAAGAAAAGAAAAGUACUCGAAUAUGAGCGCGUGUAUCUGGAGAACCUGCCCUCGGCUGUAAUGUAUGAGCGCAGCUACAUGCACAGAGACGUCAUCACGCAGAUAGUCUGUUCCAAGACGGACUUCAUCAUCACGGCCAGCCAAGACGGCCAUGUCAAGUUCUGGAAGAAGAAGGAAGACGCGGGCAUCGAGUUCGUCAAACACUUUCGCAGCCACCUCGGCGUGAUAGAAAGCAUUGCAGUCAGCGCUGAAGGAGCUCUGCUCUGUUCCGUCGGCGAUGAUCAGGCCAUGAAGGUGUUUGACGUCGUCAACUUCGACAUGAUCAACAUGCUGAAGUUGGGCUUUCAACCAGGCCAGUCCGAGUGGAUCUACAAUCCCGGGGAUCCCAUUUCCACGGUGGCGUGCUCGGAAAAAUCCACGGGGAAGAUCUUCGUCUACGACGGGCGGGGGGGCAGCCAGCCCCUCCACGUCAUCGACAAGAUGCACUCCUCACCGCUGGCCCAGAUCCGCCUGAAUCCCAGAUACAGAGUCAUCGUCUCUGCCGACAAGGCCGGCAUGCUGGAGUACUGGACCGGCCUCCGGAACGAUUUCAAGUUCCCCAAGUACGUGCAGUGGGAAUACAAAACGGACACGGACUUGUAUGAAUUCGCGAAGAACAAAACGUAUCCCACGAGCCUCACGUUUUCCUACGACGGGAAGAAAAUGGCCACCAUUGCCUCUGACAGGAAGGUCCGGAUCUUCCGCUUCCUCACCGGGAAACUGAUGAGAGUGUUCGACGAGUCGUUAACUAUGUUCACAGAGCUGCAGCAGAUGAAGCAGCAGCUGCCCGACAUGGAGUUCGGGAGGCGGAUGGCCGUGGAGCGAGAGCUGGAGAAGGUGGACGGGAUCCGGCUGACGAAUAUCAUCUUCGACGAGACCGGCCACUUCGUGCUCUACGGGACGAUGCUGGGCAUCAAGGUCAUCAACGUGGAGACCAACAGGUGUGUGCGGAUCCUCGGGAAGCUGGAGAACAUCCGCGUGGUCCAGCUCAGUCUGUUCCAGGGGGUCGCGAAGGCCACGCACGUGGCUCCCACCGUGGAGAUGAAGGCCUCCGUAAACCCGGCCCUGGACAACGUGGAACAGGACCCCACCAUAAUCUGCACCGCGUUCAAGAAGAACCGCUUCUACAUGUUCUCAAAGAGAGAACCCGAGGACACGAAGAGCGCAGACUCGGACCGAGACAUCUUCAACGAGAAGCCCUCGAAGGAGGAGGUGAUGGCCGCCACGCAGGCCGAGGGCCCCAAGCGAGUGUCGGACAGCGCCAUCAUCCACACCACCAUGGGAGACAUCCACAUCAAGCUCUUCCCUGUGGAAUGCCCCAAAACUGUGGAGAACUUCUGCGUUCACAGCAGGAACGGCUACUUCAACAGCCACAUAUUCCACCGGGUGAUCAAGGGCUUUAUGAUCCAGACGGGAGACCCCACGGGCACCGGCAUGGGUGGGGAGAGCAUCUGGGGCGAGUUUGAGGACGAGUUCCACGCCACGCUGAGGCACGACCGCCCGUACACGCUCAGCAUGGCGAACGGAGGGCCCGGCACCAACGGCUCGCAGUUCUUCGUCACCGUCGUGCCGACCCCGUGGCUCGACAACAAGCACACGGUGUUUGGAAGGUGCACGAAAGGCAUGGAGGCGGUCCAGAGGAUCUCCAACCUGAAGGUGAACCCCAAGACCGACAAACCGUACGAAGACAUCAGCAUCAUCAACAUCACCGUGAAGUGAUCGUGCGUCUUCUUUCGUGUCCUGUACAGUGGCGAGUUGUGUUUGUUUUUUUAUACCAGAAUGAGUUAUUAAAGAAUGUUUGGAGCGAGA